AUGCGUUUCAUGUUAUAUUUUUCACUUUUCCUUAUCUGUGUUUCUCAAUACUGUUUACAUGGAGCAAAUGUACAAAACAAACUUCAAGAAGAAAGUAGCUCAAACGAAAAUGUCUUAAUGCCUUUUAAUGGAAAACUAAGAGGAAGUAAUGGAAUGCUUGAACAAUUGAAAAAACGUAAAAAAAGAGAACCUACACUUAACUACGGUAUUCAAGAUCCAACUUUAAAUCAAGCAUAUAGAGGACUUUACGAUAUGUUAAAAUUAACUGUAUAA